AUGCAGGCGGAUCCUGCAGCAUUGUAUGCCUUCGCCCGCCUGGCUGUGCAUACAGGUACGCAGUUGCUCCACCCGGCAGCCCUGCUGGAGUUCAGGGCCAGGCUGCGCGAGUUGGUCGAGGCAGGCCAGAGUUAUGAGGCCGCCUUGCUGUGGGGCUCAGUUUUGGAAGUGCAGCAUUAUCCGCCACCUCCCCGCGGGCUGCUGGAGGGCCUUCCUCCCGGGGUGCCCCCUAUUCGCACCGUGCCGUGCGUUGAGGUUGGCUGUGCCAGGUGCCGGGAAGGCAGGGGUGGCUUUCGCUUCCCGUUUGUUGGUACAUAUGCACGCCGGUCCAUCGUGGUGUCGGCAGCAACCUCUCCGGCUCGAGCCUGGGAGGGUUAUCACCAAGGGGGCGAUGAGCGCCUCAGUUUUGCGAAUGUUUUCGAGAUGGGGUCAGGCUUGUGGCCAACGGACAUGCUGCCGGACCAUGCCAACCGCCUGGUUCAGCCGGUGGGCGAGGAGGCCCAUCCUCGGGGAGCGACCCCGGGUCAGUUGUGGCUGCUUUGGCGUGACUGGCAGCAGGGCGAGCUUAUUUGGAGAGAGCCAGCUUAUUACCCGAUUCCAACAUGGGCCGAAGGACGGAGUGACCGUCGUGCCCGGGCCCAUCGCGCCCUUUGGCUUUUGCUGGGUGCCAUCGAGGCGGGAUUGGCUGUUCUCCCGUUUUCAUCUGCCAUCGUUGCCGAGAGCCAGCAUGCCUUGACUGCUCGCAUUCCUGCCUCUGCGGCUCAUAGGUUGAGGGUCUUCCUUGCUGCUUCUCUGGCCGGGCCAAUGAGCGGCAUCUACUCAGUGCAGGCGAUGGAGGGGCAAGCAGGGGCAGUGGAUGCCCCGCCUGGCACUGCGGCGGAGACGGUGGUUGACCGCGUCGCGGCAAAGAAGGUGCUGGCUUUUCGCGAGAUGCACGGGCUCCUUGAGGAUGGUGACUUCGCUUACGCCUUCGCUUCCUGGGAAGAGGCCGCCUCGAAUGCCGGCCAUGCCGUGGCGGAUGCUUGGUCUGAGGUUUCCCAAGACCUUCAGGACGAUGCGCUGUUGAGCUUGGUGGACCGUGCAGUAGCAGCAGGGGCUGCGGCUGCCGAGUCGGCCCGGCCAGUCGUCCGCCUUAGCAAGCUUGUGAAGCCGGUGGGCGAGACAGCGCCACGGAAGCGGCGGCAGUCGGCUGCCCAGGUCUCGGGCCCUGAUGCAGGCGAGCUGGCCGACUUUAUGGUGCUGGCGGCGAACAAGGUUGCCUCUUCCGAGCAUGCCACCGUGACCAGGGCUCUCAAGACCUUGCGGGAGCUGUCACAGUGGCAGCAGCUUCGUGGUCGUGCUGCGGGGUUGGGCGAUAUCGACUCCAUCGACUUGUUCGCUUUUCUCCGCGAGGGCACGCCAGCACCAGCUCGAGCGUUAUCCGGGCUGCGUUGGUUCACGAAGAUGGCCAAUCUCCCGUGGGAGCUGGGAGGCGUACAGCCGGCGCCGACGCUGGGGCGGGAGGGACCCGCUCAAGCGGCAGUGGCCGAGCCGGGUAUGCUUGAGGAGCUCGAGCACAGAGUGGCCCAGAUGUAUGACCAGAGCGACCCCAGGUGGACGUGCCUCUUGGCGGACUGGCUGAUCGCCAGCGGGUGCGUGCGGCACAAACAUCUGGCCAGAUCGUUCCCGGUGUGUGUCACACAAUCUACUGCCCACUUCUUUUGCUCUCGUGGCAAGCAAGCCCACUCGCGAGCCGGUUUCAGAUGGGCAGCUCCGUCCCACUUCUCCUGUGGGUUUGCAUGGGCCGAGGCCUGGGUGGAGUUUUACGGUUCCCUCCCAGCGGCUGCGAGGAAGCGGUGUGGCAUCUGCUUUGACGCUGCUGGGCGUCCGUGGGAGUUACGCCAGGUCACUCUGCUGACGCAGGAGAUUUUCAGCGGUCUGGAGCCACCGGUUACCACCUACUCGUGGCGGAGAGUGGCCCCCUCGGUCGGCUCGCUCCUCCAGCUCGACGAGCUCAGCUUGCUGGCACUUGGUGAUUGGGCCGAUCGUGGUAAGAUUCGCGAGACGGGCGCUUCCAUGCCGCUGCAUUACAGUGGUACGAAGUAUGCCAUGAGUGUGCGUGUCAAACACCUGGUCUGGUCGGCAGCCUCCAGGUGCCUUACCUACGACACAUGGUCCGAGGUCCCGCCCAGCAUGCUGCAGCGAGAGGAGUCGAGCCUUCAGGCCGAGGUGGCGGAGAAGAUCAGGUUGGAUUCUACCGUCAUUUGGAAAGCCCCAGCUGGGACGCCGGGCCCUGAGGCGAAGCUGGCUUUCAAGACCACCGCGCUGAAGCUUCGCCGCCAGAGUCGGGCCACCACAGCGGGAGAGACCCGCCCUCGGCCAGCGGAGCCAGGCAUGCCGCCACAGGUGAACGGCAGAGUCUGUUCGGCGUUCCUGCGCAAUGGUAAGCGGCUGUGCCCCGCCUUUCAGUCGGGGUCCUGCAGGGCGGACUCAUGCUCGCUAUCACACCUCUGUGCUACAGUCCUGCGGUCGGGGCGUGUUUGUGGCGGGCGGCAUCCAGCUCGAGAUUGUCACGACAGACGCCGGAUUCACCCUGAGGACGUUCCGCCAGCGAUUUCAGCGCCUCAGGAGAGCCCAGCGGGAGUGACCCGCCCUGCUUUGCCUCGCUCACGGCCACCCCCGUUGCCAUUGGCCGCUGCUUCCUCGCAGCCUUCCUCGGAGUUGGUGGAGAUUGAGUCCGCGCGUGAUAUCUCUCACGCAGAGGUGCUAGCUGAUGCCUCGGCAUCCAACGCUCGGGUGCGGGCGAGCUUGCGUCCGGGGCGGGACGAUGCAUUCCUGUUGGAGCAGAGCCUUCGUGAUGCCGAGAGCGGGUUCUGCUCCGAGCCACUCCCAGUGGGUGGUGUUCCUUUUCGCCUGAUCCCACGCUGCGUCAUUACCCAAAGCAGCGGCAAACAGCGUAUUAUCGACAAUGCCGACACUGGCGGCCAAUCAGAGCUGAGCUCAGAUCCAAACAAGCUCGUUUUGUGUUCCCCGUUGCGGCCGGCACAACAUGCGGCGGCUUUGCUCGCUUGUCUCGACGAGCCGUCUCGCCAGCGGGCAGCUGCCGAGGAUGCGCUUGAAGGUCGGGGCGAGGACUGGCCCGAGGCCUACCGCCACUGCCCCAUGGAUGGCGCAUCAUCCAGGUGCUGUGUUGUGGUGUGGUGGCACCAGGACUGGGGUGAGCCAGCCUAUCAGCUCUACACUGGCUUGCUGUUUGGCCUCCCUUUGGCGGUUACGAGCUUCAACCGCUAUAGUCGGGCGGCCGAAGCUUUGGGCCGGCGCCUUCUUGCCAUUCUUGUUUCCAUGUACUUCGAUGACGCUCACCUCACAGACUGGGCUUCAUCCAAGGGCUCCGCGCAGUCUAGCUUUGCUGGCUUGAACACCUGUCUUGGCUCCCCCUUUGCACCCGCCAAGCGUCAGCCGAUGGCCUUGACAGGUACCUUCCUAGGCCUCAACUUUGACUUUGAGGGCUGUCUCCAUUCUGGUCUCGUGCGCUUCUUUGUUCGCGAUCGGCUGGUCUCGAAGGUGCAUGAUAUGUUGGAUCAGGCUCUCGCUUCCAGUUCCCUUUCCCCAGGCCUCGCAGCUAAGAUUUAUGGGACCUGCAACUUCCUUGAGCAAGGGAUGUAUGGGCGCGUGGGCGCCGGUGGGCUUCGCGCGAUUCGCGAACGCUCAGAUGAAGGUGGCCGGGAGCUGACCCCGCCAAUCCUUGCUUGCUUCUCUCUCAUCCGCGCAGUUCUGGCGGUGCGGCCAGAACGGGAGUUCGAGGUGUUGCCCCAACCCGUCGCCCGUUUCUGUGCUGCGAGCGACGCAGCGGAGGACAUUCCCGGGGCGGGAUCCGGCGGCUUCCACCUGGUGUGGCUUGAUGCCACGGAGCUGCGCGAGAGCUUCAUAGCCCACAUCGGUCCCGAGGUCUAUGCUCAGUUCUCUCCGGGAGAGCAUAAAAUUGCCCAACUCGAGUUGGCGAUGGUGUUGUACGCCCUUGCCGUUCGGGCCCCUUCUUUUCGUGGGCGGCGUGGCUACUGGUAUAUUGACAAUGUAGCCGCCCUGAUGUCCCUCAUCAGAGGCCGGUCGAGCUCUCCUGACCUCGAAUGCCUGGCACAGCUGAUUCACAUUGCAAUGUUUGCACUGCGCACUUCUUUCUUCUUUGAGUACAUUCCGUCGAAGACGAACUGGGCUGACGCCGUCAGCCGCGUCGGCUUUGCCGACCCAUGGCUCCACCAGCGUGGCUUUUCUUGCCACAUUGCUUCUUUUCCCUUUCAGCUCGUGGGUCUCCCCUUCCUCGCCGUGCUGCGGGUGUUCGAGUUUCUGUGA